UUGUCUAAUUAAAGAUGUCCCUGCUUACUGCAGGGGGGUUGGACUAGAUGACCUUUAAAGGUCCCUUCCAACCCAACAAAUUCCAUGAUUCUAUAUAAUCUUGGGGCUACAAGGUCCUUAAAGCCUUUCCCCCAGCCAAGAUGACUGCCUCUGGGUGCCGUGCCAUGUAGUUUGGAAGCAGGGAUUUUUCAAGACUCUUAAACUUCAAGUUUCUCUUCUGGCUCCUGCUGUAGUCAUUAUUUCCUUCUCCUAGAAGACCACUGCCACUGGGAGAGGUAGCUAUUGAUGGAAGAACACGGGGUGACCCAAACAGAGCACAUGGCCACCAUCGAGGCCCACGCAGUGGCCCAGCAGGUGCAGCAGGUCCAUGUGGCCACCUACACAGAGCACAGCAUGCUGAGCGCGGACGAGGACUCCCCGUCUUCACCUGAGGACACCUCCUACGAUGACUCCGACAUCCUCAACUCCACGGCUGCCGACGAGGUCACUGCCCACCUGGCUGCAGCAGGCCCUGUGGGGAUGGCAGCAGCUGCUGCCGUGGCAACGGGUAAGAAACGGAAGCGACCACACGUUUUUGAAUCCAACCCGUCGAUCCGCAAGAGGCAGCAGACACGUUUGCUACGGAAGCUCCGAGCCACGCUGGAUGAGUACACCACCAGAGUGGGGCAGCAGGCCAUCGUCCUCUGCAUCUCGCCCUCCAAACCCAACCCCGUCUUUAAAGUAUUCGGUGCUGCGCCCUUGGAGAACGUGGUACGCAAGUACAAGAGCAUGAUCCUGGAAGACCUGGAGUCCGCGCUAGCGGAGCACGCUCCUGCAACCCAGGAGGUUAACUCAGAGUUGCCACCCCUCACCAUCGAUGGCAUUCCCGUCUCGGUGGACAAGAUGACCCAGGCACAGCUGAGAGCUUUCAUCCCCGAGAUGCUGAAGUAUUCCACGGGUCGUGGGAAACCAGGCUGGGGCAAGGAAAGCUGCAAGCCCAUCUGGUGGCCUGAGGACAUUCCAUGGGCCAACGUUCGCAGUGAUGUCCGCACAGAGGAGCAGAAGCAGCGGGUGUCGUGGACCCAAGCGUUGCGGACUAUCGUGAAGAACUGCUACAAGCAGCACGGGCGCGAAGACCUGCUCUACGCGUUUGAGGAUCAACAGACACAGCAGCAGACGACGACCACACACAGUAUAGCGCACCUCGUGCCCUCACAGACAGUGGUACAGACCUUCAGCAACCCUGACGGCACCGUGUCCCUCAUCCAGGUUGGCACUGGUGCUACGGUUGCCACGCUGGCCGAUGCCUCAGAGUUGCCCACCACAGUUACCGUCGCACAAGUCAAUUAUUCUGCAGUGACUGAUGGAGAGGUGGAGCAGAACUGGGCAACGCUACAGGGGGGUGAGAUGACUAUCCAGACGACGCAGGCAUCCGAGGCCACGCAGGCGGUGGCAUCGUUAGCGGAAGCAGCGGUGGCAGCAUCUCAGGAGAUGCAACAAGGAGCAACUGUUACCAUGGCACUCAACAGUGAAGCAGCUGCCCACGCAGUAGCCACGCUCGCUGAAGCCACUCUUCAAGGUGGAGGACAAAUUGUCCUAUCUGGUGAAACCGCAGCAGCAGUAGGAGCACUUACCGGAGUCCAAGAUGCCAAUGGCUUCCUAACAGCAGACUAUUCAGGUUGCAAGUGGAGCCUGGCAGAGAGUUCGGCAGGUCUCGUCCAGAUCCCCGUCAGCAUGUACCAGACGGUGGUGACCAGCCUGGCCCAAGGCAACGGCCCCGUUCAGGUGGCGAUGGCACCCGUGACCACGAGGAUAGCGGACAGUGCCGUCACCAUGGACGGGCAGGCGGUGGAAGUGGUGACCUUGGAACAGUGACGAUGCCCCCAGGAUCAGUCGGGAUCAUCGUGGUGAUUUUUUGGUUUUUUUUUCCUCGUCUCUUACCGCGAAUAAUUUUUUUACCGCCUCUCCAGAGAUGCAAUCAGGUGGCAUCGAGUCUCCCAGCUUUGGAAAGCAAAGGUUUUGUUAACUCUUUUCUUCUUUUUUUUUUUUUUUUUAAAAAAAAAGGAACACACACAUACAAAAAAAAUAAUAAUAAUCCUAGCAGAGAGGAGGUGUGUUAAGUGCAUUUUUUAUAGCGCCGCGCUGCUCUCCUGUGAGCGAGGAGCCAAAUUGUGACGGGACUUUUCAUUUGAUUGAA